GUUGAAGCGAGAGCAGUGAGGUUAAGCAGCUUCGAAAAAAAAAAAACAAAACAAAACACGCGGGCAACAUCCGGGUACCUGGGGCCUUUGCGCUGAGGCGCACCUUCCAGUCCUGCCUUUUAGCACCCGUAGCCAUGUUGAAGUGCGGGAUGAGCGGAAAUCAGGUGAAAGUAUUUGGGAAAGCAAUCCAAGCUCUGUCACGAGUAAGCGAAGAACUGUGGCUAGACCCGGAAGAAAAAGGUCUUGUUCUAAGAGCUGUAAAUUCUUCUUCAUCGGCAUAUGGAUAUGUGCUGUUCUCGUCCGUGUUUUUUGAACAUUAUCAAUGGUCAACCUCGAAGAAAAUGAAUGACAGUGGCAGAUCAUUUUGUUUAAAUUGCAAAUUGGGAAUGAAGUCAAUUCUACCCAUCUUUAGAGGUCUGAAUUCUUUUGAAAGGAAUGUAGAAAUGUGCAAAAUAUUCACCAGCUCUGACACGUGCAAAGUAGUUAUUCGGUUCUUCUGCAGACAUGGUAUUACGAAAACUUAUAAUGUGUGUUUCCAAGAAAGUCAGCCUGUGAAAAUUGAUUUUAAAAAGAAUAUGUGUUGCAAUACUCUAAUGAUUCAACCAAGAUUACUGGCUGAGACAAUGGUUCUCUUUCCAUCGAAUCAGGAGGAAGUUACUCUUUCUGUUUCUCCCCUGAAUUUGUGCCUCAAGAGCUCUCGUGGGGGAUCAAAGGAUAUGACCAAUUCCGUGUACAGUGAGAUGUUUAUUGGCCCAGAUGAGUUUGACUUCUUUCAGGUUGGGUUGGAUACUGAAAUAACAUUUUGCUCCAAAGAGUUGAAGGGGGUGCUGAUAUUUUCAGAAGCUACACAUGCUCCUGUGUCCAUUCAUUUUAAUUUUCCUGGGAAGCCCGUGGCUGUGAGUAUUGUUGAUAUGCUACUGGAAGCCAACUUCAUCUUAUCUACGCUGGGUGAUGACCCAAGCGGGGCAUGUUCCCCACAAGCACUGUGUCUUUUCUCAGCAGGAAAAAAGUCAGAUGGGCGACAGUCAGAUUCACAGGCUGGCAGAAGGGGAGCACCCCAGGCCCCAGAGUCUAUAUCGAGAAAAGCAGUCCCCAAAAGGCUUUGUCCUCGGGAUACUCCCACAAAGGACUUGGUGGUGGAAGACCAUGGCCAGCUCCAGCCAAAGAAGGCCAACCUGGAUGACAUCUGCAAGGUGUGCAAAAGCCGUGUGGGUGACACAGACAAAGAGCCGAACUCUUUUUCUCUUGGGAAGUUUUCGUCCAUAUUCUUUGGAGCAGUUUCUUCUGAGCCACAGAAACACCACCCGCAGCCUUUAGAGAACCUGGCCAUGGCAAGCGACAGCGAGGAAGACUGAGCCGCUGGCACCCCGCAGGCUUUCACACCAUGUGUACAAGUGUCCCAGACUUCUGUGACAGGGAUGGGGGGCUCCGCUUCUCUAAACAUCACCUUGCACAUGACUCAGUGUAGGAAUAGCUGUUUGUCCAGUGCAUAACAUUGGUUUUAAAUUACUUGGAGGCAGAAGUUCACUGUGUAGAAAAAAGCCAGUUAGAGUUCUUUGAUUCAGUUCAUGUUCACCCUGGAGCCUUCAA